GAGAGAGAGUGAGAGAGAAAGAGAGAGAGAACAAGAUAGAUAUAGGAAGAAAGGGGAGGAAGGCAGAACGAGAGAGAGACAGAGAGAACGAGAGAGAGAGAGAGAGGAAGAGAGGGAGCUUUCUCUGGUGAGCUCUUUCUUCUCUUUUCUUUCACCACUUGUUUAGUGGGAGAGAGUGAAAGACAACAAGAGAAGAAGGGAGGUUUCAAAACUUGAGUAGCUUUAAUUUGGACUGUAGUAUUUCUCUUAGCAGAGUGGAGCUGACUGAUUCAGGUGAACGAGACUAUAUUUCUCUGUGUGGACCGUAUAGUACCGCUGGGCUAACCAUGUCAGAGAGCAUCAUUAGGAAGGUACAACCCUUCACCAUCGGAACCAGGCUCUCCGUCUCUGGACCUGCCACCAGGUCUAGAGGUCCAAACUUCCCCCAGCAGCCGUCCUGGCAGAGUGACCGGGUCUCCCUCUACCUCAGCCAGGUGCAGGUGAGUGUGGCUACUCCUCAUCUAGCUCCCCUCGCUAACCGGACCACCCCAACAUCGGUACCUGUCAAACAGCAGCAGGAGGACAUAUCUACCCAGGACCACCGAAACCAGAAUACCAUGUCUGUGUCUCCCAACUCCCACCGGAGCUCUGUCUCUCCUACCGCCACAUCCAGAUCCAUCAGGAAGAUCACCAUUUCUGGGAGCCCAGAGAAGGAGUACAGCUCCUGGAGGAAACAGGUGGAGUCAGACCACAGGGUGGUCAGUAUCGGACCAGGACCAGGACGACCCCCUGUCACAGGGAACCCCGGAUCAGAAAACAUCAUCAUCAACAACAACAACAGCAACAACAACAUCAGCAGCUCCAAGCAACAGCUGCCCAGAAUAGUGGGAGUCAGCUGUGAGAACAAACCCAGCUCACAUUUUAAGACAGUGCAGCUCCUCCAGGCCUUGGGUAGUAUAGAAGCCUGGUUGGAGGCAGCAGAGCUGUCCAUGUCAAACUCCCAGCUGGCAGGAGACCCAGAGGCCAUGAGGCUGGCUGAGAAAGACAGCUGCUUACUCCAGACAGAGAUGUCCUGCCGGGGAAUGGAGCUAACAGCACUCAGACAGGAGAUGGACAGGCUGGGUGGUCAGCGGGAGGGUCAGUGCCCAGGAUACUCCAACACUGAGGGCCUCCAGGUGCCACAACACCACACACAAGUCCUCCCAGAUCGUAUGGACCAGGUGGAGAGAAAGUACCAACGUGUCCAGAUUGCGUUGACUCAGCAGAGUUCGUCGCUGCAGGACACCAGGAUGCUGACAGAGUUUUUGGAGAGGGUGGAGCUAGAGGAGAGGGUGGAGCUAGAGGAGACCCAAGAGGCCAGGGGGAGGGGCUACAGCAGUAACCUUGGACAGCCUCUCCACAGUGAGAUCAGCUCAGCUCUUACCCUGCUGGGUGAUGGGGGUGGGGAGCCCCUGAUGGAGCCGCUGGGAAACCCUGUAGAGGAGCUGCGGGAGGCAGUGGAGAUGUUGAAUGACACGGUCAGAGAGAGAGGACGAUCACAGAAUCACAUCCAUGAUCAAGCCAUCCAGACUAUGAUCCGACAGCUGGCUGUGCUGUUAGUGCGUGUGGAGGACAGUCUGUGCUGCAGUAGAGAGCUGAACCUGGACCUCCUGCAGAGAGAGAAAGACAUGGCCAUGCGCUGUGAACCAGAACGCAGUGGACUAGAGGGACUAAAGGAACAGCAAGACACCCUAGAGGUUAAUUAUGCUGUACUGAAGGAAGAGGUGGAGGAGCUCCAGAGACAGACCGGUUAUCUGGAGGAGCUAUGCCCAGAGAGAGUGACCUUCCUGGGGGUGGAGGUGCAGGGAGCCCUGGGGGUUUGGAGGGAAUUAAGGAGGAACUUAGAGGAGAACAGAGACAGAUUACGACAGUUUGUUGACCUGCAGGACUUCUUCAGGACCUACCUGGCCAUGAUAUCGUGGAUGGAGGACACCCGGGAGUAUAUUUUCUCUGAGAGAGUGUUGCAUUGUGGGAGGGACGACCAGGAGCCAAUGGUUGCGGAGAUGGAGAUGGAUGUCCAGAUAGACAGGAAGUUGGAGGAGUUUGAGGAGCUGGAUGCUGCAGGGAGAAACCUGCUGAAUGCUGAGCACCACCUGGCCAACAUGAUCAAUGAGCGUCUGGAAGAGUUGAGGUCCAUGCUGGGAUGGAUGCUGGUCCACUGGAGAGACCAGAAACACCAGAGGAGUCAACGCAGGAAUAACAAGACUGAAGCUAAUGAAGAUAUUAUCUACUCUGAGCCCCCAACAGAGCAAACUACUGGAGAUAAUAUCUACACCAACACAGAGCCCAUCACUGAGAACUACUCUGAGACAGCAGAGCAGAUCACAGAAGAUAACAUCUACACAACCACUGUACCAGAGUCCACUAGAGAUAAUAUCUACUCAGAGACCACAGUAGAGCCCACUAGAGAUAAUAUCUACUCAGAGACCACAGUAGAGCCCACUAGAGAUAAUAUCUACUCAGAGACCACAGUAGAGCCCACUAGAGAUAAUAUCUACUCAGAGACCACAGCAGAGUCCACUAGAGAUAAUAUCUACUCAGAGACCACAGUAGAGCCCACUAGAGAUAAUAUCUACUCAGAGACCACAGUAGAGUCCACUAGAGAUAAUAUCUACUCAGAGACCACAGUAGAGCCCACUAGAGAUAAUAUCUACUCAGAGACCACAGUAGAGUCCACUAGAGAUAAUAUCUACUCAGAGACCACAGUAGAGCCCACUAGAGAUAAUAUCUACUCAGAGACCACAGUAGAGCCCACUAGAGAUAAUAUCUACUCAGAGACCACAGCAGCAGAUAUCUACACAGAUGCUACAGCCUGCCCCACCCACAGUACCCCUGCUCAGCCAGAGACCCACUUUACCCCUGCACUGAGUGUCUUUGAGGACAGAUUGAGGACAAUAGACAGUCUGUACUGUCCCGCAACAGACCAGCAAAGUUGGGAGGACCAAGAGGGUGGCUACCAGGUGAUGAAAAGCAACACACAUCCUACAGUGGGCAGUGGUCUCACCUCUCCUCCAGAGACCCACCAAUCCCCCUGCCUGGUCUUAAAAGAGCCCAGCAGCCCAGCCCUCUGCCUGGGGGGCACCAUAAGCCUAGGGGGCACCUCAGUCAACAGCAGCCCUAGGGUUAGCUUGGUGGGCCAGGGGGUUAGCCUGGGGGACCAGGGGGGAAUGGUCUGCCUAUGGGGCACCGUCAAGAACAGCCCUACCCUCAGCCUUGGAGGCAGUGUGGAUCUGGGGGGUACUGUCAAUCUCAUCCUCAGCUUGGGGAACCAAGGAGACAGCCAUGUGGAGGUGUUGGAGGCUAAUCCUAGGGUGGGUGAGGAGGAGAAGAGCACAGAGCCUGUCCACAGGGUCCCAUCAAUGAGCCUGCUGUCUGUCCACAUGGGUCUGGACAGAGACAAUCAGCAAGCUUCAAGUUGUGGCACUCUGGAGGGUGUCAUGGAAAAGCAGGGAGAGAGUCUGGCCACAUGGGGGAGAUGUGGCACUAUGGUGAGAGACCAGGAGCAGCAGGGACAAAGUCUGGCCACAUGGGGGAGAUGUGGCACUAUGGUGAGAGACCAGGAGCAGCAGGGACAAAGUCUGGCCGCAGGGGGGAGAUGUGGCACUAUGAAUGGGAGUGGGUCUGAGCUGCAGACGAUGGAGGGAACCCUGGAGAGGAAACACAAGCUGCAGGUGGGAGGAAAGAAGGCCAGGUCUCGAGCAUGGAGCUCCCAUCAUGCAGUGCUUUACAAACAGACACUCUGCUUCUACCAAGACAGCAAGGACACACUGAGGAACUGUGUGUGUGUCCUGUCUCUAACCCUGACGGGAGCAGAGUGUGUCUCAGCCCCGGAGAACACUAAGAAACCGCAGUGUUUCAGUCUGCGCUUAAGAGACGGCUCUGAGUACCUCCUCAACACAGCAACCCGAUUCAUGAUGAAGAAAUGGAUGCUGAAAAUACAAGCCAACACUGUGCCCAGUGAGCAUGUCUCCUCCAUGACGUCACCCAGCGACCCCUUGGUUCAGGACCCCCCUGUCCACUUCACCACCUCUUUUCUCUCACCAAGUACCCACACAGGGACGGCCAGAGCCAAGGAGAGAGUGGUCCUGACCCGAGAGACUCACCGUCAGAUCCCAGAGAAACAGCAGGACCCAACAUCCGCAUCACGUACAGGUCCUCGUGAAGAUAGCUAUGACUCCGUGAGACAGAAAUUGUGUGGUAGUUCCAGAGAGAACAGUCCUUCCUCCUCUUCCAUCCCUCCAUUCUCCCUCCACUCCUCCAUCUCCCCUCCUUUCUCCUCUGUCUAUAGAGGUGGUCAGGACCGGCUCAGUCAAGUGAACAAGUUUCAGUCAUUUACCUCAGCAAGGUACCAGAAGAUUAAACCAGCGUUGCUGCCCCCAGGAGGCCGAGGCCAGGACUACGGAUCAGUGGGCCGGGGUCUGGGCUGUGGGUCAAACUACUCAGUGACUCUGAUUAUAGGAAACAAGCAGUCUGCAGCUUCUCCCACUCUCAGUUGUGAUGGUAGUGGUCCAUCUAUCACCGGUCACACUGACCCACAGCGCCCCCUGCUGGAUGGAUGGCAGCACCACUCACAUCACCAGGACUCUACUUCAAGAAGGCAGCGUCACCAGCACCAAGCUAUGUACCACCACGACCAGGAACCAUCUCUGAGGGCCUGCACCAGUCUGCCUCCGCCACGCAAGAAGUCUGUCUUCAACAAGUUCUUUGGGAAGAAAGACUGAAGCUGUUAUCAAUCAAUCACAUAUUUCUCGUACUUUUCUUUUGGUAUUUUCUUUUCAAACUGCAUCAUUGUCGGUUAAGGGCUUGUUAGUAAGCAUUUCAAUGUUGUAUUUGGCGCAUGUGACAAAUAAAAUUUGAUUUGAUAUUUA